AUGAUGAAUUCUGAUGGUACAGGUGCAACAGGACAACCAGAUGAUCAACAAAUGAUCACUAUCACUGAUCGAGAAAAUUUUAUAGCACGAUUAGCAGCUGCAUUUGGUGGUGAUCGUGAUGCAGCUAUACGUUGUGACGAUGUUGCUUAUAAUAGAAGUGGAGGAAAACUUGCACUUUAUCGACGAAUAAUACACGCAUUCUUCCUACAAAGACAGCAACAAAUGCAACAGCAACAAAAGCCACAACAACAACAACAACAACAACAGCAACAAUCAAUGAUGAGUUCACAAGGUCAACAACAAAUGUACAUGCAAUCUCAACAAACACAAAUGAAUAUAAUGCCUCAACAACAACAACAACAACAACAGCAACUACCACCUCAACCUUCAUAUACAAUGUCGGCACCACAACCAACAUCAUCAAUUGUUCAACCAACAUCAAUGAUGAAUAUCAAACAAGAACCACAAAUUCCGUUAUCUAAUAUGCAAUCAAGGCCACCUACACAAAAUUUUUCAAUACAACAGCAACAAAUCAAACAAGAAUUAAUGCCACUACCAAUGCAACAACAACAACAACAACAACAACAAACACAACAAUCUGGACUUCAAAUUCAACAAAUGCGAGCACAACAACAACAACAACAACAACAGCAACAGCAGCAGCAGCAGCAAUUGCUGCCUCCACCACCACCCCAAUAUAUACAACAACAGCAACAACAACAACAGCAACAGCCAACAUCAGUUUUACCUCCUCAAUCUACACCAAGUGUACCUCAACAACGUACUCUAGCACAGCAUCUUCAACAAGUACGUCAACAAAAUCAUCUCAAUCAACAACAAGCACAACAAGACUCAUCUAGUUCUUCUCAAUUACCACAACAACAACCAACUAAUUCUACAGUAUUACCACAAUCAUCAACGACAUCAUCUGGUAGUCAAGAUGAAAUUCUACAACAUAUUCUUACCAGUCCGAAUCCACCUAAACAACCACCGAUUGUUGCUCAAGUUAGACUACGUGCCAUGAAUCGAAAUAUUCGCAAUCAAACACCACCAAUUACUCAAGCCACACAACAACAACAACCACAACCGCAACCAAGUACAAUGGCACCAGGAUCGGAUCCAAUGAUGGCUUCUAGCAGUAAUAAUGCUAUUCAAUCACCUCAUUCGCAUCCUGGCAUGAUGCAACAACAACAAACACCCAUAGGACCACCUGGUCAAAGUCCAUUAGCACGUUACAUGAUGGCUCAAUCACCACAAGGUGGUGUCUAUCGUCCACCGAUGUCUCCAAUGAAUAUGAUGAAUUAUACUGGUAGUCCAGCAAUGAUCGAUGAAGAAAUGCAUUUUCUCUUUAAAUUUUUUACUGAACGUAUUCAAUAUUUAACUCGAAUAAUUGCUCGAUUUCAACAAGAAGGUCAAUCUGAUAAAGUAGCUAAAUAUCGUCAAUUACAUGAUCAAAUAUCUAAUUUCGUUCGAAAUCUCAUUCCUGAACAUUUAAUGGCUGCACGCCGUCUUAAAGAACAUGUUGAUCGUAUGCUUGGACCAGUAAUGAUGCCACCCCUGAAUGAUAUGUCAACAAUGGUACUACCAAAUACAAAUGGUAAUCGUUUAAUGACAAAUGGAAUAUUUGAACAAUGUCAACGUACGAUUGCUGAUUAUUUAAAUAAAGAUACAGCAUUAAAAUAUAAUAUUGCAAAACGAUUCUUAGAACCUUUAAGUGAAGUUCUUAAUGGUGUACCACAUAAAAGUAUACGAUUGGAUACAGAAUCCAAACAAAUGAUCGAACCCAAUCUCUCUUCCAUAAACGAUCAUUCUUCAGCAUCAUUAAGAAAUAUAAUCGAAAGUGAAUUUGCUCAUCUAUCGACGAAUACAUUUUCUUAUGAAUUAAAACCUAUGCAUGAUAAAAUAUCACCAUCAUCAUCAAUACUUAAAAAUAAAGAUUCAAUUAUAAAUGAUUAUGAAUUAACAUGUCGUCUUAUUGAAAUAAAUAUGCCUAUAGUACCGCCAUUAAAAAUGAAAUUAACAGUUCAAUAUCCAAAUGAACCACCUGAAAUUCUUUCUUUGACAUCUACAACAAUGAAUCUUACGCCAAUAAAAUUGGAAAAUUCAGAUGGUAAUACGUUUUUUGAAUCAAUUUCUCGAACUUUUGUUCAUUUUUUAUUCAAAUUACCAACUCAGCAUACAGUUACUGAUAUUUUAGAUAUAUGGCAUACUGCCAUUCGAAAUGCUUCCUUUUCUCAAAAUGAAUCAUGA